CCACACAGCUGUGCUGUGGUGAAUACUGUUGCACUGACUUGAAUUUGAUGAUCUCAUGGUAAAAGUAUUUUUUUGGCAGUGUAAACAGGGCGGAUGUUAUGGACUAUGAUUCUCUGGGCUGCACAUUUCUCUGCAGAGCUUCUUUCUUGAAGAAUGAUAUCUCACCCGAUUAUUGGAAAAUCAUGUAGGAAAUCUUUGUGCACUCUUGUACAGAAAAGCAACUUGGAUAGAGCUGAACAAUGCCCAUGGGUCAUACGUUAUCUUUAACUGUGACCAUCAUGCUCCAGAUAUGUGUGAUGUCCUGUUUGCUGUCAGCUGUCUUCUCCCAGUCUACGUAUGUCUCACCCAAGAGAGGUCGCAACAUCACCAUCCACUCCUCCCAGCUGGUAUGCAGUGUGCCCGGCCCAGCGGGGCCUACAGGGAACCCGGGAUCCCCUGGACCACCGGGAACCAUGGGCCCCAUGGGGCCACCAGGGAAGGAUGGCCCGGAUGGGAAGGAUGGAGAGAAAGGAAAAAGGGGAGAUGCAGGUGACCCAGGGAGGCCUGGGAACAUAGGCAAGCCAGGUGUGAAAGGGCGUGAAGGUGUCAUCGGCAAGGCUGGACCACGGGGACUGAAGGGGCCACGGGGAACACCGGGGACUGCUGGAAAACGAGGGGCAAAAGGAGAGCUGGGUGAUGUGGGCCAACAAGGAGCUCCCGGACUCUGCAACUGUGGUGGUACAGCCAGAUCAGCCUUCUCCGUGGCAGUGACAAAGAGCUACCCUAAAGAGCGACUACCCAUCCGCUUCAGCAGGAUCCUACUCAACGAGGGGAGUCACUACAACGCAAGCAGUGGGAAGUUUGUCUGUGUCAUCCCUGGGGUCUAUUAUUUCACAUAUGAUAUCACUCUGGCAAAUAAACACCUUGCCAUAGGGCUGGUCCACAAUGGACAGUACAAGAUCAAGACAUUUGAUGCAAAUACAGGGAACCAUGAUGUGGCCUCUGGUUCUACUGUUCUCCACCUGCAGAAGUCAGACCAGGUCUGGCUGCAGAUCUUCUACUCUGAGCAGAACGGACUCUUCUUUGACCCUUUCUGGACAGACAGCACCUUCACCGGCUUUCUUAUUUACGCUGACCAGGACUAUCUCAAUGAAGCUGAUAGAAAGGCUAAUGCUCAGGAUGACAGUUAAUACUGUCGUCUUUGUUUUGGUUCAGCAAUUCACUUAAUGUCACAUGAAAAUGUGACAGUAAGCGAAGAUAUGUUUGAAGAGACUGCUCCACAAUGGUAGACUUUUUAUCACACUGUGACACCAGGGGGCGCACAAGGAGGGGGAAAAGAAAUCAAACCACUUGAAGAGUUUCACAAUAUUGAAGAGUUUGUGUUUUAGCUGCAUGGUGCUAUAAUUCUGACAAAAUGUUUUACAGAAACAGAAUUAUUUAUCUUUUCAUUUAUCUUACAGGAGCCGCAUGUUUGACACAUUUUUCCUUUUUUUAAAUAGAAGGUAGCACUGUUGCUUAUUAAUUUUAUAUUAUAGUGUUGUCCUGACUACACAAAAUUAUGAUGGUGUAUGUGUUUAUUAGCCACUGAUGCCCUAAAUUCAUUGUCUUUGAAGUGAAAAUGAAAUCAUAUACUGUAAUAUUUUCAUUCACCUGUUUUAACAUACAGUGAAGCAUUAAAAAAUGUGGCUUGAGUUCCCUGGAUUAACAGAAAUGUAAGAAAUAGUUCCAUUUAACCAUUUCUAUUUUGAUUAAUUGAAGACAAUAAGAAACCUGUAUGGGACAGAUGAAUGGAGAGAGAUAACUGUGUGUGUCUUUUAGUUUUUGUUGACACUGUCAUAGAGAUAUUCAUUUAACUAUAUAUUUAGUACUGAAGCUGUAGUUUGGACUGUGUUAUACUGAAAGGUGUUUCUAAUAUUUUGGCCAUCCCAUUUACAUAAUGAGAGGGCCAAAAUAUUAGAAACUUUCACUAUAAUGCACUCCUAUAACAACAGCACCCAUGACCUCAAUAAUAAACAUAAUAGUUAAAGUAAUACCCUUUGACAGUGUCAACAAAACAGAACUAAUGAAGUGGCUGGCCAGUGUAUGUAAAAAUUGCUUAUUGGGCUAUGAUUGGCAGAUAUCCUCAUUGAGAAGCUGUCUCUCUUCAGCAGAUGCAUUUUAAAACAACAUUCAAGUGUUAGACACAUUUUGAGAAGAGGAAGACUUUAAAUUAGCCAUCUCAAACAUCGCUCAUCUCAAUGAUGGCUGUGGAAGCAUUGUAUGACAAAGAAGAAAUUUAGUAUAUCAUUUGUACAGAAGCCCUAAGUGGCCAUAUAUUCCUACAUUUUAUUUCCUCUGUUUUUCUCAUGUUAACACGUUAAUUUUAUUUGUUUACUCAUGAUCUCGAGUUAUUUAUGUAGUCUUGGCGAAAUGACAAAUGUUGUUAUCCCAAGAUAACGGGAACAUUUUCUCCAGAUCGCAAGAUAACGAAACGCUGUUCUCGCGAGAUAAUGCCGUAAUUAUUCAGUGUGUUAUUAGUAUAUUAAAUCACUUCACCUGUGUUCUCCUGCUCCUCACUGCUACACUGAAUGUUUCCUGCAAUGGUGUAAUAUACUAAUCAAUAAUAAACUACUAAUUAAUUAUGUUAUUAUCUCAGGAAAACAAGGUUUCAUUAUCUCAAUGCGAUACCAAGGGGUUCCUCCACUUUCUUGUGAUAACCAGUUAGUUUUAUUUGUCUUGAAUUAAGUAAUUAUGGCAUUAUCCUGGGAAUACAAAGUUUCAUUAUCUUAUCGAGAUAUGGAGAAAAUGAUCCCGUUAACCUCAGGAUAACAACAUUUGUUAUUUCGACACAACAUAAAUAACUGGAGAUCUCGGGAAACAAAAAAUCUCGGAGGAAAGAAUAAAAUGUAUGAAUGUGUGACCACUUGGGGCUUCCGUUCUUUGUAUACAUUUUAAUUUACAACUUUUUAUUUUAUUUUUCUUGUUA